AUGGAUGUCGAUCAACACAUCGCUGCCACCAUAAGUGAAAUCGACCGAACACUCAAGUCUAUUGGCAUACGCAAUGAUUGCGCAAGUACGUUCUCCCAGCCUUCCAUUAUUAACAGUCCCCCAUCUUCGCUGACUUCUGCGGUGGUGCGAGCAAAUGGCGCUGUACAGACCAGCAUGUCGACCCGUGUGAGUACCGGCGCACAAAAAAGUCCCUCCACGGUAUCACAAGGCGUGCAAAAUUCUCCACAGCAGCGUGCGACAUCGUCUCAGACAGAAAAAAGAGCUGACGUGCAGGAAUGUUUUGACAACGUCACGAGCUCAGUCUUGUGUACAAACGCUAUGUUGGAAGAGGGCCUUCAAGCACUCGAAAGCUCCUCAGACAAAAUGGAGGCACUCUUUUCGAAGCUUACCAGACUGGAUGAUAGGGUGAACUCAGCGGCGAAGAGUUUGCGCCUUUUACGAAAUAAAUUGGCCAUACAGAUCAUAGAACAAGAAGAAGUGUCGGCUCGAAGUGCUCUGCUCGGCUUCGAGUCGAGUGCGCGCACCGAAUUCAUGCCUCUCCGGUGUGGAGAGCUGAUGUCUCUCGUUGCAGCAUCCAGAAAAGAGCGAGUACUAUCAAAGUCGUUGGGUGAGCUAAAAAGGCUUGCUCCGACCCGAGUGAUAGCAAAUGGUAGCGCAGUCGAGGAAACACCGAGCAGCUCCCUCAAUGAUCUCACUGAGUUGCUGGACGAAUGCUGGCGUGUUCUAGAUGAGUAA